AUGGAGCGCGGCGCACUCCUCGCCCAGCCAGGGCUCGGGACCGCGGACACCAGCUGGGCGCUCCUCUAUUUCCUCUGUUUCGUCCUCCCCCCGUCCGCCCCGCAAGUACUCAGGAUCGGAGGGAUUUUUGAAACUGUGGAAAAUGAACCUGUUAAUGUUGAAGAAUUAGCUUUCAAGUUUGCAGUCACCAGCAUUAACAGAAACCGAACCCUGAUGCCUAACACCACAUUAACCUAUGACAUCCAGAGAAUUAACCUUUUUGAUAGUUUUGAAGCCUCACGGAGAGCGUGUGACCAACUGGCUCUCGGUGUGGCUGCUCUCUUUGGUCCAUCCCAUAGUUCCUCCGUCAGUGCUGUGCAGUCCAUUUGCAAUGCUCUCGAAGUUCCACACAUACAGACUCGCUGGAAACAUCCCUCGGUGGACAAUAAAGACUUGUUUUACAUCAACCUGUACCCAGAUUAUGCAGCUAUCAGCAGGGCCGUCCUGGAUUUGGUCCUUUAUUACAACUGGAAAACAGUGACGGUGGUGUAUGAAGACAGCACAGGUCUAAUUCGCCUGCAAGAGCUCAUCAAAGCUCCCUCCAGAUAUAACAUUAAAAUCAAAAUCCGCCAGCUGCCCUCUGGGAAUAAAGAUGCCAAGCCUUUACUGAAGGAGAUGAAGAAGGGCAAGGAGUUCUAUGUGAUAUUUGAUUGUUCACAUGAAACAGCUGCUGAAAUCCUUAAGCAGAUUCUGUUCAUGGGCAUGAUGACAGAGUACUACCACUAUUUUUUCACAACCCUGGACUUAUUUGCUUUAGAUCUGGAACUCUACAGGUAUAGCGGUGUAAAUAUGACUGGCUUUCGGCUGCUUAACAUUGACAACCCUCACGUGUCCUCCAUCAUUGAGAAGUGGUCCAUGGAGCGGUUGCAGGCCCCGCCCAGGCCGAAGACUGGCCUUUUGGAUGGCAUGAUGACCACUGAAGCAGCCCUGAUGUAUGAUGCUGUGUACAUGGUUGCCAUUGCCUCCCAUCGGGCCUCCCAGUUGACCGUCAGCUCCCUACAGUGUCAUCGGCACAAGCCAUGGCGCCUUGGGCCCAGAUUUAUGAACCUGAUCAAAGAGGCUCAGUGGGAUGGCUUGACUGGGCGGAUCACCUUCAAUAAAACUGAUGGCUUACGGAAAAAUUUUGAUCUGGACAUUAUUAGUCUCAAAGAGGAGGGAACUGAAAAGGCUGCUGGCGAAGUGUCUAAGCACUUGUAUAAAGUGUGGAAGAAGAUUGGGAUUUGGAACUCCAACAGUGGGCUUAACAUGACGGAGGGCAACAAAGACCGGUCCAACAAUAUCACUGAUUCACUAGCCAACAGAACUCUCAUCGUCACCACCAUUCUGGAAGAACCUUAUGUGAUGUACAAGAAAUCGGAUAAGCCCCUAUAUGGAAAUGACAGAUUUGAAGGGUAUUGCUUGGACCUAUUGAAAGAAUUGUCAAACAUCCUGGGUUUCAUUUAUGAUGUUAAACUAGUCCCUGAUGGCAAAUAUGGAGCCCAGAAUGACAAAGGAGAGUGGAAUGGGAUGGUCAAAGAGCUCAUAGAUCACAGGGCUGACCUGGCAGUGGCUCCUCUUACCAUCACCUAUGUACGGGAGAAAGUCAUUGACUUCUCGAAGCCCUUCAUGACCCUGGGCAUCAGCAUUCUCUACCGGAAGCCCAAUGGGACUAACCCGGGUGUCUUCUCCUUCCUCAACCCCCUGUCACCAGAUAUUUGGAUGUAUGUGCUCUUAGCCUGCUUGGGAGUCAGUUGUGUACUCUUUGUGAUUGCAAGGUUUACACCCUACGAGUGGUAUAACCCCCACCCAUGCAACCCUGACUCAGACGUGGUGGAAAACAAUUUUACUUUACUGAAUAGUUUCUGGUUUGGAGUUGGAGCUCUCAUGCAGCAAGGAUCAGAGCUGAUGCCCAAAGCUCUAUCGACCAGAAUAGUUGGAGGAAUUUGGUGGUUUUUCACCCUAAUCAUCAUUUCAUCCUACACUGCCAAUCUGGCUGCCUUCUUAACAGUAGAGAGAAUGGAAUCCCCCAUAGACUCAGCAGAUGAUCUGGCAAAGCAAACCAAGAUAGAAUAUGGGGCAGUCAGAGAUGGAUCAACAAUGACCUUCUUCAAGAAAUCAAAAAUAUCCACUUAUGAGAAGAUGUGGGCAUUUAUGAGCAGCCGACAGCAGACAGCCCUGGUCAAAAACAGUGAUGAGGGCAUACAGAGAGUGCUCACCACGGACUAUGCUUUGCUGAUGGAGUCCACUAGCAUCGAGUAUGUUACACAGAGAAACUGCAACCUCACUCAGAUCGGGGGCCUCAUUGACUCCAAAGGUUACGGAGUAGGAACACCUAUCGGCUCUCCUUACCGGGAUAAAAUCACAAUUGCUAUUCUUCAACUACAAGAAGAAGGGAAGCUGCAUAUGAUGAAAGAGAAAUGGUGGCGAGGGAACGGCUGCCCUGAGGAAGACAACAAAGAAGCCAGUGCUCUGGGAGUGGAAAAUAUUGGGGGCAUCUUCAUUGUUCUGGCUGCCGGACUGGUCCUUUCUGUGUUUGUAGCCAUUGGAGAGUUUAUAUACAAAUCACGGAAGAACAACGAUGUUGAACAGAAAGGAAAGUCAUCAAGAAUUAGAUUUUAUUUUAGGAACAAAGUAAGGUUUCAUGGGAGAAAAAAACAAAGCCUUGGUGUAGAGAAGUGUCUCUCUUUCAAUGCCAUUAUGGAAGAACUUGGAAUCUCACUCAAAAAUCAGAAAAAAUUAAAGAAAAAGUCAAGAACUAAGGGGAAAUCUUCCUUCACAAGUAUCCUUACUUGUCAUCAGAGACGAACUCAGAGAAAAGAGACAGUGGCAUGA